AGCCGGAGUGUUGGUUCUGAGUACAGAUAAUCCACAACACCUGUCUCCGCCAUAACAAUGUUUGCCAGAACAAUUAGACCUUCCACGUUGAGAGUCCUGAACAGUGGUGUUCGUAUGAACUCCUCCAACGCAACCCCAGUUGUUGCCUCAGUCGAAGUGCCUGAAAAGGUCAAAGAAAUCACCGAUCGGACCACACAUGGGAAACAACUUAUCUCUGGUGCCCCAGAAGAACUGUCUGUAUCAGGAAACAGAUUGGUGAGAGUCUACAAAGAAGCACAGUCCGCAACUCAAAACGGUUACAGAAACACCAAAUUCUGGAGACUAGAAUGGGACAUCCUAGGUAAGGGUAACAGGUGGGAAAACGAUCUUACUGGUUACCAGAGUACUGCCGAUUACAUGCAAGCUACCAGAUUAAACUUUGACACCAAGGAAGAAGCCGUCAGAUUUGCUGAAUCGAACGGCUGGGACUACUAUGUCACUGAGCCAAAAACCAAGAAGUUCAAGAAGAAGGACUACUCUGCUAACUUCUACCACUCGAAGGGCCCAUUAAAGCAUAUAUUCACCAAAUAAGCCUUUCCAUCCACAUAUUCCCUCCCAUAUGUUUCCAUUCAAGCUGACUGGAUUCUACUCUCUAUAUAAAGACUAUUUAUUUAUCCAUUUAACUCUAUUAUAAUCGUUAUAACUGCUACUAUCCGUCGUCUUCCCGAAAUCCGUAAGGAGAAAGUAGGCAAAAGAAAAUGUACUGCACCAAUGAAGUGUAUAGGACUUAGUUUGCAAUUAUAAACAUGAACUAGGUUGAUUAUAUAAUAACUGAACAUUAUUAUUAUAUGACUUAUAUUUACAACAACGGUUAUGGGAAGUGAAAACCACAACUAUCUAAUUUAUCUUUGGCCAUAUUGAGCCAUAAUUUCACGAACCUUUUCACUCAAAACAGGAUCCUCCUUAACCUUCAAUUGGCAUUUGGCA